GCAGCUCCUACAUUGGCUUUACUAUUUACCAAACAUAUUUUCCGUUUACAUGGAGCUCCUGAGGUUAUUAUUUCUGACAGAGCUCCGCAAUUUGUGUCACGUUUUUGGAGACAUUUCCAUGAGUGUUUAGGAACCAAAUUGAACGUCUCCUCAGCUUUUCAUCCACAAACGGAUGGUCAAUCUGAAAGAGUUAAUGGCUUGUUGGAGCAGUAUUUACGUUGUUUCUGUCUAGAACAACCAACUGCUUGGGUAAAAUGGCUGUCGGUGGCUGAGUUCGCCUAUAACAACGCUGUACAUACGUCUAGUCAACACCCCCCAUUUGAGUUAACUUAUGGCUUUCAUCCGCGGGGAGGGGUGGCACCGUCAACCAAUGUGGUUUCCUCUGACCCGGUGUACCGUUCCUCUGAAAUGGCUGCCUUGCAUGAUGUUGCUCGUCGUUUGCUAUUAGAAGCUAAGGCAGCGCAAAAGACUCAAGCCGACCGUCAUAGACAAGCAGGGGAAGAGUUGGAGGAAGGGGAUUUGGUUUGGUUAUCCUCUAAGUACAUUAAGCAGGCUGGGGGAAAGUUUGCGCCACGGUAUUUGGGACCUUUUCCUAUUGUCAAAAAAAUUUCUUCUGUAGCAUUUCGUUUGCGUUUGCCUUCUACUUUCAAGAUCCAUCCUGUCUUUCAUCGUUCUUUGUUGAAGUUAGAUACUUCUGGGUGCCGUAACACUGUAGCUGAAGACAUCACUGCUGUAUCUCCACCUUUGGAGGAGGAGGCCUUUGUGAGAGGGGAUAGUGUUAUGGUUGAGCCUUAUGGCUCUGAUUCUGGGAGACGUGGUCGUAAGACUCCUCGGGAGUCAGACACUCUCGAGGAGCGAGAAAGGAAGCGGCUGCGGGACUUAUUUGCAGAACCAUCUGACGAGGACUCCUUUGAGGGUUUUACUGAGAGAAUGGAGGAAGAGAUGGUUAGCUCAGAGGAGGAUGACAUGGAAUGGACUCGUGUGAGGGAGGAUUUGGGUGCCACCGGCAAUGAUAGUAUGGAAGGCGAUUUGGGACCUUCAGGAUUAGACCCGUGGACAAGCUGGAGGGAUGGAACGGGAUCCACAGCUGGGGAUGCUGUGGGGCGUAGUCAAAGGUGUUUCAGCUCUGAUGAGGAGGAUGAUGAUGAGGCACCUGGAAUUAGGGUAACAGCUGAUAGCGAUGAGGAGUUGUAAACUGGCAUAAAAUGGGGUUUAGAAUCUAGGGCUAAUUGCGUUGGGCAAGGUAAUCUGGACGAACGCUUGGGCUCUUGCUGGGAAUUUCCUGAAGACGGGUGUGUUUCGUUUGCUGAAUACCUUGGACCUCCGUCGUCUUCUUGACGGACGCCAAUUGUUUACUCUGGACUGACUGACUGACUGACUGACUGACUGACUAUGACCUCGGACUAUCCUUCCUGUGGCUAUCGUUGGAACUGGUGAACUACAAACAUCUGUACCUGGCUGUCGACCUUCGGACCGGAUUGGGACCUCGCUGACCGUUGCUGCCCCUGAUUGAUGUGUUUGAACCCGGAGAUUGUUUGCUGCGUGGAGGAGUAACUUCUUAGUUACUCAAUCACAGCUUUUGGUAGCAGAGAAGUAUCUGCUGCCAGUUAUUUGUGUUUCUUUGAACCUUUGUUCACCAGCUUUUGUUUGUUUAAAGUCCCAGGCUGAAGUAAGCAUUUUUGGUUUAACCCGGAUUAAACUCCAGUUUAAUCUGGUUUAUCUUUUGAACGUUUUCUAGUAUCUUUUCACUUCAAAGGCGAAUGUUUGCCUAGCCCUUGUCUUUUACGGGCGUUUUUGGUUCUGUAACUCCAAUAAACUCUGUUGAAUCUUAUCUGGUGGCGUUCUGUCCUUGACAGUAUGUCUUUCUGUGCAUCGAUAUAGGAAGGGGGCCUGUCUGCAUAAUAGCCAGUACUCUUUAAAUUGGAGUUUCCCUGAACUGACUCCGGUGGUAGGUGGGCCAGUGAGACAGGGAAGAGUGAAUGAUGUGGUUAUAGACUUCCAUAACACUUCCUAUACGUUUUGGGGGACAGGGUCCUGCAAUAAUGGGAUACCCUUAGGCCUGGAAUGAGGGUUUUCACUCUUGAAAAACUAUGAAGUUUGGGAGGGAGGGCCUUUCACUGAUGAUUGCCAAGAGGUACAGCCAAAGGAAUUUGAUUGGGCUUCAGGAUCUAUGGUGCUUGUAUGUCCUGGAGGGUGGUCCGAGGGAGUGACACCCAGCCCAAGGAUAGUUCAAACUAGGUGGCUAAUAACAUAAGAAUUAAGUAUUUUACAGGUGAAUUCCCCUUAACAGUGCUUUUGUUCAAAGGUGAUCCCCGAAGUUAUUAAUAAAUAGGUAAAGAAAUUGCCCUUUAGGUCCAUUCUCUGUGUAUGGUCUCUUUAAUUCACGGUAGGAGUUCACAAGCAGAUUUGAAGUUAAUACAGUUCUAGAUAACAAAUGAGAAAUUUUGAGCCCAAUUGAACAUUAAAUUUACCAAAUGUAUCACAAUUAUAGAAACAUCUGUGCUAGGU